GGGACGGACGGGGCGGGGCUACCGCGCACCUGGCUCCGCGCACGUGGGCUCGGGCCGCCCCGGACCCGCCCGCCAGGGGCCGCGCGCCGCUCGCCCCCGCCGGUCCCCCGAGCCCCGCGGGCCGGGGCGCUUCCACGUCCCCAGGGAGGGGCGGCGGGGCCCGGGCGGCGCCGGAGAGGCGGAGCCCUGGGGCGGGGGGCGGAGGCGGGGGCCCGGCCCGGGAUAAAAGCGCGGCGGAGGCUGGCCCGGCCCCCAGCGGUGGCCCCGCGAUGUCACUAGUGCUGCUGAGCCUGGUCGCGCUGUGCUGGCGUGCAGCGUCCCCGGAGCCGACAUGAGCAGCUAACUCCAAAGGAUUUAGUUCUGGCUUCUCUUGGACACUGGCGUCAUUUUUUGAAAGCUAUUGCACAAAGAUAACAUGAUGAAAUCACAACUGCAUUAUAAGUUUCUAAAUGGCGCAGACGAUUCAGUGUGGCUCCGAAUCCGGCCCGUCCCCAGAGUGGAUGGCCCAACACACUCUGACCCCAGGAGACUUGCGGGAGCUCCGAGUGGAACCUGUCAAAAGCAAAGUGGCAACAGAGGACUAUUCAAUUCUGAUGAACGUAAGCUGGGUACUCCGGGCAGAUGCCAGCAUCCUCUUGCUGAAGGCCACCAAGAUCUGCGUGACAAGCAGAAGCAAGGUCCGGUCCUACCACUGCAUGAGGUGCAAUUACACAGAGGCCUUCCAGACUCAAACCAGACCCUCUGGGGGCAAAGCUUUCCGGUGGAGCCGGACACGCUGUACUUCAUCGGGGCCCAUAAUAUCCCCACUGCAGGCAUGGAUGGCGACAGCCCCUCCAUGUCUGUGAAUUUCACUUCACCAGGCUGCCUUGAUCACGUAAUGAGAUACAAAAAAAGGUGCAUUGAGGCAGGAAGUCUGUGGGACCCGCACAUCACCGCUUGCAAGAAGAAUGAGACAACAGUAGAAGUGAACUUUACAACCAGUCCCCUUGGGAACACAUACAUGGCUCUCAUCAAAAAUAAAAGUGUACUUGGGCUUUCUUACGUAUCAGAGGACAGACUCACUCGAACUUCGGUGGCGAUUCCAGUGAGCGGGGAAAGCGAAGGUGCCGUGGUCCAGCUGACCCCCUAUUUCCAGACUUGCGGCAACGACUGCAUCCGACGCAAAGGAGCUGUCGUGCUUUGCCCACAGGCAGGUGUCCCCUUCCCUCCGGAUAACAGCAGAAGCGUGUCGGGCGGCUGGCUGCCUCUCCUCUCAGUAGCUCUGCUGACGGCCACGUGGGUGCUGACGGCUGGGAUCUACCUAAUGUGGAGGCACGAAAGGAUGAAGCCUUCCUCCCCCACUGCAUCGGCGCCCCCCGUUAAGGUUCUUGUGGUUUACCCAUCGGAAAUAUGUUUCCAUCACACAGUGUGCUAUUUCACUGAAUUUCUCCGAGACCACUGUGGAAGUGAGGUUAUCCUUGAAGAGUGGCAGAAAAAGAAAAUAGCUGAGAUGGGCCCAGUGCAGUGGCUCACGACGCAGAACACAGCAGUGGAUAAAGUCAUUUUCCUUCUUUCCAACGAUGUCAACACUGUGUGUGAUGAAACGUGUGGCAACUCUCAAGACCUGUUCCCGCUCGCCUUUAACCUCUUCUGCAGUGACCUGAGAAGCCAGAGUCACCUCCACAAAUACAUGGUAGUCCACUUCAGAGAGACUGAUACCAAAGAUGAUUACAACGCACUCCGAGUCUGCCCCAAGUACCGCCUCAUGAAGGACGCUGCUGCUCUCUGCAGAGAACUUCUCCGUGCCAGGCAGCAUGCCGUGGGGAAAAGGGCUGUGAGCCUGCCACAAUAGCUGCUCCUCCUUGCAGCCCACCCACGAGA